AUGUCCAAGCCCGCGGAGGACCUGCUUCAUCACUUUAAGGCCCUGCUGGAGUCGGCAAACCCGGCGCACGACGCGCAAAACCUCGACAGCUUCAGGGGCCUUGCGCGCGGACGCCGCCAGGGGCUCUUUGAGAUCAGGACCUUCAGUCACAAUGGCAAGAUGGUCAGAGGGCUCGCGGCUACAGGCAACUUCAAAGCUGGAGAGCCCAUCAUGCUGAUCCCCAAGCCCUUGCUGCUGGAGAGCGCCGUCGCUGGAGCUGCUCCCCGCUUCGCCGGCGCCAAGAAGGCGGCGGGCAAGCUGGCGCUGCUGCUGGCAGAGCGACGGGCUGAACUCCUGUCGGGACAAAGCGUGAUGCCUUCGGAGCAGCAGAAAUUCUGGCAAGAGUACUUUGCCACCCUGCCCAGCUUGCAGGAAUAUCGACGCGGCAGCCUCAUUGCCGCUCCCGAAGAGGACCUGCGGUCGCUGCAGGGGCUACCGCGGCUGGGCCGCGUGGCGGAGCGUCUGCUGGGGCCCCGCCAGCGCCUCAAAGAGGCGCUGGAUUUGUACAACGAGCGCCGGGAAAACCGCCCGAAGCUGUCCUGGGAGGAUGCGCUUUGGGGCUUUGCCGUGUCAACCACCCGGGGGGCGAAUGGCAUCAUCGUGCCCAUCUUGGACUUUAUCAACACGGCCGAGGACCCGGCGGCCAACAACGUGCACUUUGUGGAGAUGGCGAACGGCCCGGGGAAGGCCGUGUUUGUGGUUGCUGGCAACAAUCUCCAGGAGAUCCAGACCGGCGAGGAGCUGCUGGCGGACUACGGCCACCACGGGCUGCGCCUGCUGACGCAGUACGGGGUCCAAAACAACGCCUCCGGGGCCUCCGAGGACUUUAGCUCCGCGGAUUGCGCGCAGCUGCGGAGGGCGAAGCUGGACAGCGUCGCCCUGGAGCCCCUGAAGAGUUUCGUGGCGGAGCGCUGUGGAUGGUGCGAUGCCUAG